AAAAAGACAUCAAAACUAUUCAUUCUCUUCUAAUUCCUUCAAAAUUUCCACUACACCUUAGAAAAAUACAAACACUAUGGCUAUGAUCCAAAGAAAGCUCUUCCCAACAGAAACUACCUCAAACCAAACUUCAGAUUGUUAUGGCUUUUGUGAUCCUUUAUGUCCUUCAAAUUGUUACACUAACACAAAUUACUAUUUCACACCCCCACCUUUAGAACACACUACACAAGUUAACCAUAUUGGCUCCUACUUCAUCAUCCUCAUUUCAUUAUUCUCAUUGAUUUUUAUCAUCAUUGUUUUCUAUCUCAUCAAAGUUAAAUGCUACAAUGAAAUGUGUGGCUGGAGAAGCAAUAACUCGGCUCGGUCUCAAGCCGUUAAUAACACCGAAGAGCUUCUCAAUGAAAAUCGCGAUCACAAUCACGAUCACCCCGUGUGGCUCAUCGCUACGGUUGGUUUGCAACAAUCGGUUAUAAACUCGAUUACGGUUUGCAAGUAUAGAAAAAACGAAGGGCUAAUCGAAGGAACGGAGUGUUCGGUUUGUUUGAAUGAGUUUCAUGAAGAUGAAACGUUAAGACUAUUGCCAAAGUGUAGUCAUGCUUUUCACAUUUCUUGUAUUGACACUUGGUUGAGAUCUCAUACAAAUUGUCCUCUUUGUCGAGCCGGUAUUGUUUCCAACAACGUUACUCCUGAAGUAACGUUGUUGAAUUCGGAACAAGAAAAUAACAACUUGGGAAGAAAUCGAGAGACUCAAGUGGAGAAUCCAAUGAAUGAUCAAGAAAAUGUGUUGAACAAUAUUGUUAUAGAUGUUGGAUUUGAAAACAUGGUUGGAGAAUCAAGUGAUGAAUCAUCUGAAUCUAGAAGAUAUCAUCAUCAAGUUGUUAAGAAAGAGGUGCAUAAGGUUAGUCUUUGGAAGGUUAUUACACAAAAAAGUAGCAAAACAAUGCGUCGAUGUUCGAUUGAAGAGCUUUUGCAUGUAAGGCCGGUGGCUAUGAAAAAGUCUUUAAAUCUACAUGGAAGGAAGAGUUUUAAAAAGAAAUUUGCGACUACAUUUUGGACUGCAACAUCAUGAUUGUUGACAUCUUCACAAUUGGAAUAGAAUUAGGGAAUGAUUCUCUACUAUUUCCAGAAUGGUGGUUCAAAAUUUCAAAUUGUUAUCAAAUAUAAGAAAUGUUUGAAAGCAUCUAAACUCAACUCGUGGCUCUUAGAGUUUUCAAUCUAUUAGAGGUGAACAUAUUGUAUAAUGUGAGAUAUACCUAAUAUAAGGAAAAUAUUUCGUUUUGAUGUAGUAAUUUAUUU